UUCAUCAGUGAUUACUCGAGCACAACAACGUUAUCAUUGAAUGAUGACAGGAUCAAGUACGUUCGCUAUCACUUAUCGGUAACAAAUUAAGCAGAUACUGACCGGUGAAGAACUUAUCUAGCUCACGUGUGGCCCGUGGACCAAAGGCUUAUCAAAGUUUAAUUUAUUCAUAAUUUUCUUGCACGCGACUUUCAUCCUUGCCUUGAUGUAAUAAUCCCUAGAAUUGCGUGAAACUUUACUAGUGGUACGCAUAUUAGUUUAUUGUUUUUCUUAUCCCUAAUAAUAUAAGUGAUAAAUAUUAUCAUUAGUAUUCAGAUACUUGCUAAUAGCGUUAACCUUGAGUUGACGUGUGCUGAUUAAUUAAAGUAAUCCCAGGUUGGAUGCCGCCAAUUUCGGCAUUAUUCUCGGAGUGGUCGCGCUGUGUCGCGUACCGCUCUCCUUAAAGAUCAAGUACCGAGAGAAUAAACAACUAGAAACAUGACUGCCGACGAGAAGGCUGAGGCGGGAAAAGCCAACAAGCCCAUAGACUUGGACAAUAUCCUGGUGGACGAAGUGGGCCAGUUUGGAAAAUACCAGAUCGUGACGUUGUUACUGGCUGCUUUCCCUGUUAUAUUCUCAGCCUUUGCUUCAGGAGAAUAUAUUUUUACCACUGCCAGGAUAAACACAAGAUGCCUGGUCCCGGAGUGCGACGGCGACAAUCCGGAUUUCGCUCCGUCGUGGGUGCUGAACGCGAUCCCGGGCACGACGCAGACCAGCUUCGAGGGCUGCGAGCGGUACCGCAACGUGACGUCAGCGGUGGUGGCGCCCGGCACCUGCCCCGCCGAGCUGUUCGACCGCACGCAGACGCAAGAGUGUGACGCCUACGUGUAUGAGAACCAGCUCAGUGUUGUUUAUGAUUUCGACAUGGCGUGUGACGAGUGGCGGCGCUCGCAGAUCGGCUCCAUCCGCACGAUCGGCACGCUGCUGGUGCUGCCCAUCACGGGCUACAUCUCGGACCGCUGGGGCCGCCGCGUGGCGCUCACCAUCAACGCCUUCAACACCGGCUGGAUCGGCCUCGUGCGCUCCUUCGUCAACUCCUACGAGUGGUUCCUCGCGCUUGAGGUUAUUGAGUCCUCAGUGGGGGCCGGCGCUUACUCCUCAUGCUAUAUUUUAGUAACGGAAUUGGUGGGUCCAAAGUACCGUGUGAUAGCUGGAGCGACAAUCUCUACUCUCUUCGCCCUCGGGCAGGUGAUCCUCGGGUUCAUCGCGUGGGGUGUACCGUCAUGGCGCCCCCUUACCCAGGUCCUGUACGCACCACAGAUCCUCGUCGUCAGUUAUUUCUGGAUCCUCUCAGAAUCCGUGCGUUGGCUUAUGAUCAAAGGCCGUUACGAAGAGUCCGAACAGAUUUUGAAGAAAGUUGCAAAGGCUAACAAGAAAGAGCUGUCUGAAAAGAGUUUACAAGCUUUACGUGCCACAGCUGAAGCCGAGAAGAAGAAAGAAAAGGUAGCAGAGCCAUGGUUGCCUAUUCUGGUUCUGAGAUCCCGCGUGAUCCUGUCGCGGUGCAUAGUGUCGCCCAUCUGGUGGAUCACGAACACGCUGGUGUACUACGGCAUGAACAUCAACUCUGUGAACAUGACGGGCAACGGGUACUUGAACUACGUGGCGGUAGCGGCCAUUGAGAUCCCCGGCUACUGGACGGCCAUCCUGCUGCUGGACCGCGUGGGCCGCAAGCCCGUGCUCAUCUGCGCGUACUGGCUCUGUGCCGGCUGCCAGUUCGCUUUCGCUUUUAUGCCUGAUGGUAACGAUGGCGUGCAGCUGGCGCUGUACCUGUUCGGCAAGUACUGCAUCGCCAUCGUGAUGACGUCAGUGUACGUGUACACGGCGGAGCUGUACCCUACCAAGUACCGCCAUAACCUGUUUGCCUUCUCUUCCAUGGUGGGCCGGCUCGGCUCCAUCACCGCGCCACUCACUCCUGCACUUGCCUUGGAAGUGUGGGAGCCGUUCCCGUCGGUGCUAUUCGGCAGCUUCGCGCUGCUGUCCGGCCUGCUGAUCUUCACGACGCCGGAGACGCUGGGCACCAAGCUGCCCGACACCUUCGAGGACGCCGAGCAGCUCGGCAAGAACAAACAAACCAGCUGAACACGUGAUCUCUGUGAUAAACGCCUGAUAACUAGUUAUAAAUACUCGAAAAUAAAUUAUUUUUAUAUUU